AUGGAAAACAGAAAGAGCACUCGAAAAAGGUGUACGCCUAAGAGAUUUUUAAAUGACGCCGUUGACAUUAGUAAAAUUGGUAGUAGUAGUGAAGGCAGUGAGACGGAGACAGAUCAAGACCCUUUACCAUGUGCUCAGCCGCAACUUCCGGUAUAUCCAUUAGAUAUUAUUGAUGAUAUCACACCUGUUCCUGAGAGUCAGGCUUCUACAUCUUGGCUGAAUAAAACUAAAAAGAAGGAUUCGGCUGCUACUGAUACUAUUUCUAGGCAUAUUAGGCCUUAUACUAUUCAAACCAGCAAUGUUAUUGGUAAAAACAAUAAAAGAAUUCGAACUAGCUUUCCUAGUCAAUCUACUCAAGAAGACUUUACUCCAGAAGAGUUGUCUCCCCAUCUUACGAGAAUUAUUGAACCAUUAAUAAACUCUUAG